CAGAGAUUACUGUUGGAAGUUGCAUUUGAAGGGCACACGCAACAACUUGCCGAGAUACGAGGUGCUCGAGAAAAACAAUGAUGGGGAACUCAUAACCGGCAUCAUUGAACAUGUUAAUCUAACGAAGGUGGUUCUUGUACGAAGCCCUUAGCUAGCUAACAGUCGUCAAACUGGAGCGUGCUGAAGAAAGAAAGGACAGUUGGUCCCCGUUACUCUGGACCGUUGCAGUCUGUUAAACACAGGGAAAAUGAAGUUCGCUCAGUUUUUGCUGAAAAAUGGCUCCGUCGCUGGUAUACCUAGACAAGUGGAGAGGUUUGCUAAAUUCUCCCCCUCUCCCUUGUCUAUGAAGCAAUUCAUUGACUUCGGCUCAGCCAAUGCAUGUGAGAAGACCUCUUUUGUGUUCCUGCGGCAGGAGCUUCCUGUCAGACUGGCCAACAUCAUGAAGGAGAUUGAUUUCCUCCCUGACAAGCUCCUCAGCACCCCAUCCCUAAAGCUCCUCAUUAGCUGGUAUUCACAGAGUUUGUUGGAGAUUGUAGAUUUUCUAGAACAGAAUCCAGAUGACAAGGAGGUCCUGACGAAAUUCACACAGACUCUGGUAAACGUCCGUAAUCGGCACAACAACGUGGUGCCCACCAUGGCUCAGGGUGUGGUGGAAUACAAGGAUGCCUUUGGCGUGGACCCCGUCACCAACCAGAACGUUCAGUACUUCCUGGACCGCUUCUACAUGAGCCGCAUCUCCACACGCAUGCUCAUGAACCAGCACACAUUAAUCUUCGAAGGCAGCGCGAACCCAGCACAUCCCAAACAUAUUGGCAGCAUCGAUCCCAGCUGUGAUGUGGUGGAGGUAGUAAAAGAUGCCUAUGAGACUUCAAAGAUGCUGUGUGAGCAGUAUUACCUGACCUCUCCUGAAAUGGAGAUCACAGAAGUCAAUUCCAAAAACCCCGACCAGCCCCUCCACAUUGUCUAUGUGCCAUCCCAUCUCUACCAUAUGCUGUUUGAGCUUUUCAAGAACGCCAUGAGAGCUACAGUAGAGACCCACGAGACAAGCUACACGUUGCCGCCGAUCAAAGUGCGAGUCUCACUGGGACCUGAGGACCUCACUAUUAAGAUGUCUGACAGAGGAGGCGGAGUUCCUCUGAGGAAGAUUGAGCGUCUGUUCAGCUACAUGUACUCCACAGCUCCCAGUCCUGUCCAUGAAGACAACUCUCGCAAUGCACCACUGGCUGGUUUUGGCUAUGGCCUGCCCAUCUCCCGUCUGUAUGCCAAGUAUUUCCAGGGAGACCUUCAGCUUUACUCUAUGGAGGGCUAUGGCACCUCAGCUGUCAUAUACUUGAAGGCCUUGUCCUCAGAGUCAGUGGAGAGACUUCCUGUUUUCAACAAGUCAGCCUUACGGCAUUACCAGACGAGCAUAGAGGCCGACGACUGGUGCAUGCCCAGCAAGGAUCCAAAGAAACUGGGCAAUUCCAAGAGAACGCGCUAAAAUAGUUUGAAUAAUAGAAUUACGAAGAGAAAAGGGUCCAUGUUUGAAGAAAUGGAUGAACUUGUACUCUAAGCGGGAGAAGGCUGCAAAAAGGAAUGUGGAUUCCUUUUCUCACAGAGACGAACCUAGAUGGAGAAAAAUGCUCAUUGUUGGUGCCAAGAACUAGAACAAAUGUAUAUAAAUAACUGAGCUGAACUAUUACUACCAGCCUCCAAGCAAUUUAUAUUAUAUGGCAACGAUUACUGGCUGCUAAUGGCAAUGGAAAAAGUCAAGUAUUAAUGUCCCUUUGCCUCAUUACACUCACAUUUCAGUUCUAAUAAUAUGGUAACUCUAUGAAGCAGGAAUGGUGUUGGAGUUCGUCAGGGUUUCUUUCUUUCAAAAUGUAUCGUUUAACAAUCUAAAGACUGGCAAAUGGUUAAUUCAGUUAAUGGGUAAAGUUGUGUGUUUUCAGUGAAAUGUGUACCUUGCCAAAGCCAGCUGCAGCGGCGUCACUUCAAAGACACCAGCAUAAACACAAAGUGAGCAAAGUCUGUUCCCCCACUUUAGCUCACGUCAGAGUUUCAGUCCUACACAACUUGCAGCAUUGCUUCACACGUAACGUCUGCAUUCAUUGCAUUUCAGUGCUCAACUACAGCGUUGUAGAGACACUAUAAAAAUGAUUUGCACUGGUUAUGCAUGCUGUGAAAUGACAUUUAAUGUAAAGUCACAUUUAUUUCCAACCUUUAGCUUCUUCAAUAUAAGAUGUAAACAUGCUUGAUGGAUGUUCAGCAAAAAUGAAAAAAUGUGCCUUUCUGGAGAAGUGGAAUUGUAAAAACAUAGCAUUGCAACAUAUUUGAAGUUAAUAUGUGUGAUUGAACUGUGCAUUGUAUUUUAACUGCCAAGUUAUCGUGACCUUCACAAUAAUAAUUUUCCCUUUGUUGGAACUGGUGUGAAAUUAGUAGCAGUAGGAACCAAAAUACACACUUUUAAAACUUUUUCCAAGAAUGUUUUCAGUGUUUUUGUCCAGAGUAACUGUCUAGAACUGCACAGUUUACCUCUGGUGCAUUAAUAAUAUCUCCCUACGUGUUUUGCAAUGAUGCAUGUGUUGUAAAUGUAGGUGACUUACUUUAAAGGGUGUGUAGGCCUGUGUGAAAUAUUGCAACAUGUAGCAGACAAUAGGAACACCACAGGCCGACAGUUAGACAACGCCAUAUGUAAGCUGUAUUGAUCCAAUAGAUAAAUGAUCAUUUCACUACAUGCCAGUCAUACUUUGCAAACACUGUACUUCUCAGUUCAGUCUUUGGCGAGUUUGUAUUGUUUAGAAUUGCCUUGAGAUUUUGUUGAUUAAAGUAUAAACUCACUCAUUUUAGAUUUAUAUAUAAUUGUUUAACUGUCUGCACCAACAGACAUGUUUGCAUUUUAUACUGUGAUCUUUGCUCAAGUUGUGGUUCGUCACUAAAAGGACCAGUGAAUGUAGAAAAUAAAACUUCUCAAUACGUCA